GGACUGUGUACUUUGAACCUGAAUUAAGAGCGUUUAUUCACGGUGUAGUUAGUAUACUGUUCAAUACAAAUAGGGCAUGGUUUUACCCAUGGUGAUUUGUCGCUGCAACAUUCAUCGCUCGAUAACAUAGGCCUGCGUACGUGGUACAUUAAAAGCUACUGUACGGUAGUUGUUUUGCCGUUCUCGUGUGUAUAACGAGAAUUCUCACGCUAAGUAUCUGCGUUAGACUUCGGCUAACCGGCGAAUCAAAAGACGUACUUUUCAAGAUGGCGGAAGCUACAGCGAAAACAGUGAUGGACAAGAUCAGCCAGGAGCAUCUCGAAUGUUCGAUCUGUUGCUGUCGUUUCAGGGAUCCCAAGAUGUUGGACUGUCUGCACAGCUUGUGCCUGAACUGUCUGGAAGAGAUGAUCAGCAAAGAGAAGACAGAGACGGUGAAGAUAACAUGUCCAGUUUGCAGGAAAGAGACGACAGUCCCUGAUGGAGGAUUACAGAGUCUGUCUUCAAGCUUGUUUUAUAUUUCUGUUGUCGAUGAAAUAAACAAACAAGAACAGUUAUUAUGGAAGUCAGUAACUACUAGUGCGACCUGUGAAUCUUGUGAAGGACUCGAAGCUGUAUCCAGAUGUCUUGACUGCAAGUCGAACUUCUGCAAGAAAUGCCAAGAAGCGCACCAAUUUCUGAGGUACACCAAAGACCAUCCCAUCAUUCCAGCAAAGGACUCGGACAAAUUGGGGGAUGUACCAGCGGAUGUUACCAAGACCGUCACACCAAAAUGUCGGGAGCACAUUGAACAGCCGUUAUGUUUUCUCUGUGAAACAUGUAAUAAAUUGAUUUGCUCAAUGUGUGCUGCGACGGAGCACCGAUCAGCAGAUCACAACUACACAUCUAUCUCUGACGCCAUGGAAUCAUUCCGUCAGAGUGUCAACGACAUAUUGCAAAAGUUCCAGCAAAGCAAAGAGCAAUUGGCAGCAAAUGAAGAUUCUAUCAAACGUGCACGGCAUAGACUACAAAAGAAACUCUCUCAGGCUCGAAGUGAUAUUUCUACAAAGGCGGAGGCAGAGAUCGCUAAAAUCAGAAACAAAGCAAAGCUUCUCACCAAAAAGGUCGACGAAAUCGGUCAGGAGAGAGACAGUGAAUACGAAAAGGCACUCAUGCACAACCGUGAGCAGAUGGAACGCACAGAUCAGAUCGUCACGUCAGUAAAUGACUUGAUGAGACAAGUGGAUGGUUUCGAGCUUUUGGAGCUCAAGCCGGAGGUGAUGCACAACUUGGAAUUCCAGAAGGAGCUCAAGUGUGAAUCGGCAAAGUUGGAUAUGUCGUUCAUCGGGGUCAAAUGUCACGAUGUUGUCAGCGACACGGAUCUUGGAAAACUAUUGCUCAAAGAGAAAUGGCAGUUGAAGGAAAAGUUCGGCAAGAAGGGGAAAAGUGACGGGAAAUUCCAGUGUGCAGGGGGCGUUACAUGUUUCAGCAACGGUGACAUCGUAGUGUGCGACACAGACUUGAAACGGGUAUCGUUGUUUACCUCCACUGGGCAGUUCAAAACAUCCAUUGCUCAAGGAGCCGAAUGUCACGGGUUGGAAGCUCCUUGGAGCGUGGCAGUGAACUGCGAUGAUCUGCUCUUCGCCACGGAUGAAGAUAAAGUGAAGGUUUUUGACUCUGAGCUACAGUUUGUUCGUGAGUUUACACCUUCGGUUGGCGACGCAGAGGGCCUAUCAGAGAGUAACCUCAGUGGUAUUGCUGUGGACAAGCAACAAGUAGCAGUGGCUGAUUGGGGGAGAAAGGUCAUCAGUGUCCACAACCUGGACGGAUCGUUGAUUGCAAGCACAUCGAACAGCAUGGUUGAAUGUUUCAUUGCAAUGAGCAACAAAGAGCGGCUGGUGUUCACAAACUACGACGAGAAGAGGUUGCUGUGCGUUGACUCGAAGGGCAAUGAGGUGUUCAACGUGAUGACCCUACUGAACGGGAAACCAGCGAUACUGUCUGGUGUCCUGUGCGAUGAUGAUGGGAGCAUCUAUGUCGCCGUUCACUCCGGUACAGUGGGAGACAGUGAGGUACAUCGUUACGACUCUAAUGGUGCAUUCAUAGCAACAGUUGUUCAAGGGUUGUACAAUCCGCUAGGAAUGGCAUUCACCCCCGCUGGUGACGUCGUUGUCGCAGACAAACACUCCGUCAAGAUCUUUGAGCGGAUGUGAUUUGCCUGACCAAACAAGGCCAUGCUGGUAACUUGAACCUGGGCAAAACUAAUUUCCGGAAUCAAUAAGUUUUCGUAAAACCUGUCUGAAACUGAAUUAACUGGCGACGUAAUCUUGUAGUUAUGACAUCACCAUUGCACAUCCCUGACACGUAAUAAACUCGGAAAAAGAAAAUAUGAAAUAUGAACAAUGGACACUUUAAGAACCGAAGAAAAUUAAAUUCGCGUGUUUAUAAAAAUAAUGAUGAUAAUUAUUGUCCACCAUACGGAACAAUUUUUAAGUUCUAACAAAAAGGUAAUUGAAUCUUAAUUAAAAUGCUUCACAGUUUUAUGCCUACGGACUAUUUUCACUAGGAGAUGCUCUUUUAAAACCGGACACUCAAUUCUCGAAACUGAAUUUUUUACCACUGCGACA